CUGAGGAGAACUGCAGACAGCUGUGAUGGGCCCAAGCCUAAGAGACCCCUGUCUGUCCUGGGCCUCAUGGCUCCUAGGAGUCAUCGUUUUCCUCAAUUGAGAACCUGACCCUACAGGACAGUGGGCGAUACAAGGCAUACAGCAGGUUAAGUGAUGGACCAGAAGUUUUCCAAAUUUUCCACCUCAAGGUCUAUGAGCCUGUGUCCCCUCCACUGAUCCUAGUCAAGGCAUUGUCCAUUACACCAGGCUGGUGCAAUGUCACCCUGGAGUGCAGUGCCACAGGGGCCACAGAGGACCUGAAUGUGAUCUGGGAGAGCAAGAGCCUCCCCUGGGAGCUGGAGCAGAGAGGGACACCAGGUCCUGGACCCAAACCUUGGGCCCAGGCUGUGAGCCUGUCCCUGAGCGACGCCGACGCCAGCCUUACAUGUGUAGUCAGCAAUCCCGUGGACCAGAACAAUGCCACCUCAGACCUUGGUGACAUAUGCUUACGAGGUGCAGAACCACAGCAGGACCACAGGGUCGAUGACGAUGGCAUCUACUAUGUGCCGAUGAUGGACCAGGCAUCUCAUGAGAGCUACCGGUGAAUAACAUCUAAAGAAAAGAGGCUGCUCAAUGUUCUCUGCAGAGAGGUUUAUACUCCAGACCGGGCCUUCAAGAUGAUGAAUGUGGAGGAAACAGGAGACACCAGCCCCCCGGGUUACCUGCACCCUAAGCCUGAGCCUGCACUCGUCCACUUCCUCUGGCUUCAGUCAAGCUCGAGAUGCCCCUAGCAUGCAUCGUUCAGACCUAGUGCCUAUAACUUCUCCUGGCACCUCCCCAAGACACCCCCACACUCAGGAUCCUCAUGCCUAACAGUCAAGGUUCUUCCUCUGUCCUUGAUGUGACCCCUGAUCCCUCUCCUCCAGAAUCCGUCCCAAGGGAACCCCGCAUGAAACCCCCAACUCUGUUAACUGUGUGUCUCACUGAGAACACAGCCCUGUGAAGAGGUGUUGACUACUCAGAAAAGAGGGGACGGGAGCAGGCUCUGGAUGCUGAACUGGAGGUUUAUGGAGACAGCGUGAGUGAAUGGGAGUUGAGGCUUCCUUUGCAGACCUUGAGUAGGCUUCCCUUAGGGGGUCUCAGUCAGAGUGUGUUUUGGGGGUUUUACUGUGUGCCAAUCUCUCAUGGUAAAUUAUGGUGCAUCCAUGUCUAUUUGUGCACAUACAAAUACACUGUCGGUUCUGUUCCUAUGUACAAUUAAAUCUCAUCCACUCAUCCUU